CGAAGCAAUGGUUUAAUCGAGAUCCACUCUUAGACUGCUGUAUCCCAACUUAAUUAAUUCAUGUAACAUUUUCGAUCACGAGACGAGUCUCGUCCUAAGCAAACUUCAAGCCAACAUAUUGAUCGUCCCGAUCUCUCCUUACGGUUAAAUUGCCAGAAAUGUCAACUGUAAUUGAUGAAUGGUGCUCGUUGUGGAGUCGCCGGCCGGAGCCUUGACCAACAUGACUAACAAACCGAGACAUGUCAGCUGUAAUUGGUGAAUGCAUGGGUGUGUUGUGGAGGAGUCGCCGGCCGGAGCAAUGCCAUUGGUCAUUUCUGGUCGAGAGACGAAUCGUGCAUGUGAAGACAGUUUUAGUUACAGACAAAAGGGGAUCCAAAGUUGUGAGAGUUUUGAAGAAGAGACAGCCAACUGAUAAUAACGAACGUUUUAGUGUUUCUUUGCCAAGGCGGGGCAUUCGACAUCAAUGUACGACAAAGAGGAAGAUUAUCAAACCCGACCCGGAUAAGCAAAACUCUGUCUCUACAAUGCAAACCGUUUGGCUUUAUUUGCGUCGAUCUUCAUCCAAUAGCUUAUUGAUGUUAGGGUUUUCUAUGAAAGGGCUGAUAUUCUAUCGUCAUAUUAUUUUUCAUUGUACCAUCAUUAUGUGAUUCAUAUUUUAUAAUCUAUAGUCAAAUAUUAAAGCCUUGAUUUCAUUUCAUAAGCGGGGUUAGGUUUCUUUAUUUGUCGGUCAUUUCUCAAUCCUUUUCAUGCAACUUAACUCUCUAUUCCCCUAUGGCACGGGAACGGUUUUGAAAGAAAGGUCUCAAGUAUUCACAAGCAACCAUAUACAGAUCAUUCUAUGAAGUUAUGGCUUGGAACUAUGUCACAUUUUCUAAUUAAUGAAUCGAUUUCGCCCUUACCAAAUUUUUUGUUGGACUAGUUUUCAUUAAAAAAUGUGUAUAUUUAUUUGAGAAAUUGUCUGUGCUAUUUUAGUGGCAAUGUUGGUGGAACUGACUAACUGGUAAAUAGUUACAAUUGAUCUAAGCCGGUGAAAAUAUUUAGAUAAUCGGACGUCAGUUAUAAUUAACGAAAUGAAAUGUCAUUUGAUUAGCUCCUUUUUUUAUUUUUUUGUUUUUGCCUGAUCUUAUUGCUACUUGUUUACUUCUUUGUUAAUGUUUUUCAUUACCGAGUUUAUAUCAUAUACUCCCAACUCGAAUCAAAUUUUAACUAUGAUCUUAAUUUCACCUUACACUCUUUCUAAAGUUGAACAAAUAAUUUUGUGUUAGCAUGAGCAUCGUGCUCCAUUUCAAUAUUCGGAUUCGGGCCGGGGCGAAAAGAAUAUGGAGCAAAUACUUUAUCGGGAAAGCGAAAGAAAACGGAGGAAGGAGAAAGAAGCGUGACCGUUUUGCUCACUGGCGGGUCGGGUCUACCACGGUGUCCGUAAUCCGUAGACGGGCCUCCCGUGGACAUCUAUCUAACCGUCAAUUCCAACAAACUCCAUUUCAAUUAUUUUCCUCACCUUCCUCCGCCUAUUAACUUCUCUCCGUCGCCGUCGUCCGGCAUUUCUCGCUGCUCUCAGUUCCCGACACAAGUUACUGCGAAACCAUGGCGGCGCUGAAAUCGUUCAUCGAAGUUCGUCCGGACUCUCAUUUCCCCAUCCAGAACCUCCCCUUCGGCGUCUUCAAGCACCGGCCGAGUUCACUGCCUCGACCGGCGGUCGCCAUCGGAGACUACGUGUUGGACCUCUCGGAGAUCGCUCUCGCCGGCCUCUUCGACGGUCCUCUCCUCAGUUCCUCCGAUUGCUUCCUUCAGCCUAACUUGAACAAGUUCUUAUCCUUGGGAAGGCCUGCGUGGAAGGAAGCUCGAGCUACGCUUCAGAAGCUAUUAUCGUCUACUGAACCGAAGUUGAGAGAUAAUGCCAGUUUGAGGGAGAAGUCACUCCUGCCAAUGAGUGAGGUAGAGAUGCUUCUACCGAUUGUGAUAGGGGACUACUCGGACUUUUUUUCCUCGAUGCAUCAUGCAAAGAAUUGCGGAACCAUCUUUCGUGGACCUGAGAAUCCGAUCAAUCUGAACUGGUUCCAUCUUCCGAUUGCAUACCAUGGUAGGGCUUCGUCUAUUGUUAUCUCUGGAACAGAUGUCAUUCGGCCUAGAGGCCAGGGACCACCAACAGGAGCCCCCCCACCAUAUUUUGGACCUUCACGGAAGCUCGAUUUUGAGCUAGAAAUGGCUGCUGUCGUUGGUACUGGAAAUGAACUAGGGAAACCAGUGGAUGUCAAUGAAGCAGGAGACCAUAUAUUCGGGCUCGUAUUGAUGAAUGAUUGGAGUGCUAGAGACAUUCAAGCAUGGGAGUAUGUGCCUCUUGGACCUUUCCUUGGGAAGAGCUUCAUUACCACACUAUCCCCCUGGAUUGUAACACUUGAUGCCCUAGAGCCUUUUACUUGUGAUGCCCCUAAACAGGACCCUGCUCCUCUUCCGUAUCUGGCUGAAAAGACAUCCAAAAACUACAACAUUUCCUUAGAGGUGCAAAUUAAACCGGCUGGAGUUGAGGAGUCAGCUGUGGUCACCAGAACCAACUUCAAUCACUUAUACUGGACCAUAACUCAGCAGCUAGCUCACCAUACAAUAAACGGCUGCAACUUACGACCAGGUGACCUACUCGGAACAGGAACAAUCAGUGGGCCGGAUCCGGAUUCCUACGGAUGCUUACUAGAACUGACAUGGAACGGACAGAAACCAUUGCCACUAAACAGCAACACAACACGAAAGUUCCUCGAAGAUGGCGAUGAAGUGACGAUAACCGGCUGCUGCAAGGGAGAUGGUUACACUGUCGGUUUCGGGACUUGUACUGGGAAAAUUCUCCCGUCGAACUCAUCCUAAAGGGCUGGUGAACUUCAUCUCCAGUGCGAGUGAGAGAGAGCUUCUGCAUAUGCUCUCUAUCGCCAAAUAAGAGCUUUGUUAUGUUGUUUAGUGUCAGAAUCAACCAUGUUAUUAUUGUGUUGUUAAGGAUCGGACCAAAACUGUGCCGUUUCACGCUUUGUCCACAUGAUAACUCGUCAUGGAUAAAGGUCUAAAGUAAAUAACGGUGCUUGUCGGGGGAAACGGUAUAAUUUUCUCAGUGGUAUGUCAGGUCAGCAUCCUGUAACGGGUGAAAUCGGUCAGAGUCGGAGAACAAAACAACGUGAGAGAAUAAUUACAGGAAUGGUCAUUGAACUUUUAGGUGAUUGAUAGAUUGAUCCAUUAACUUAACUCCAUUAUCGUCAACUAAUAAAGGACCAAAAGGCAA